GUUUCCUCUGAUAGCAACUUAAUUUCAGUUUAUUUUAGUUAACUACAAACUGGCGGCAGCAAAUCAUCUUUUCGCUCGAACCAUGAAAGACACUACACAAAUUCUAGGUCGACUUAGGAAGUUAAUGCAACAUCCAGCUGAAGAUGUUCAAGCUAUAAGUGCUUAUAUUGUUCCAUCAGAUGAUGCUCAUCAGAGCGAGUAUAUUUGUCAGAGAGACGAACGUCGUGCAUUUGUAAGUGGAUUCGAUGGUUCUGCUGGAACAGCCAUCAUAACUAAUGACAAGGCACUGUUGUGGACAGAUGGCAGGUACUAUCAACAAGCUGGCAAACAAUUAGACUCGAAUUGGACUCUAAUGAAAGAUGGUUUACCAGCUACUCCAUCAAUUGGAUCAUGGUUAGCCAAGAAUUUGGAAAAAGGAUGCACUGUCGGAGUUGAUCCCAAGCUCCUUUCUUAUCGGCUCUGGAAGCCAAUCCAGAAAGAGCUCAACGGAAAUGAAUGUGCCUUGGUUCCAAUUGAAAAUAACCUCAUCGAUGCAGUUUGGGAUAAUCAACCAUCUGGUCCCACAAAUCCCGUCAUCACUUUGGACUUGAAAUUCGCUGGAGUAACCAUUGCUUCCAAAUGGAACGAAGUAAAGUCACAAAUGAAAGAGAAGAAAGCAGAUGCCUUGGUUGUUAGUGCUCUGGAUGAGAUAGCUUGGUUCCUUAAUCUCCGUGGGUCUGACAUCGAUUAUAAUCCGGUGUUUUUCUCCUAUCUUAUCAUCACUCACGAUAAACUCCAUUUGUUUAUCAAUGAAUCCAAAUUGCCAACCAAUUGGAGGGAACAUUUGAAUGACAACAAAGUGGAUAUCGUUAUUGAGCCUUAUGAAUCAAUUAAAGGGCGUUUACUUGAAAUUAUUGAAAAGUCGGCGGAGAAGAUUUGGAUUGCAAUGAGUUCUAGUUACUUUUUAACUGCCUUGAUUCCAAAACCUAAAAGACACCAAGAAAUCACUCCAAUUGCUAUCAUGAAAGCAAUCAAAAAUUCUACAGAAAUUGAAGGAUUCAUUAAUAGUCAUGUGAGAGAUGGAGUUGCAUUAUGUCAGUAUUUUGCUUGGUUGGAGAAAAUGAUUCAAGAUGGACAAGCGGUAGAUGAGAUAUCAGGAGCUGAUAAAUUAGAGGAAUUAAGAUCGAAAAAGGAACAUUAUAUGGGUUUGAGUUUUCCAACUAUUAGUUCAUCAGGACCAAAUGGUUCGGUUAUACACUAUCAUCCAGCAGAAGAAACUAAUAGACCAAUUAAUGAUAAAGAAAUAUAUUUGUGUGAUUCUGGUGCACAAUACAAAGAUGGAACAACAGAUGUUACUCGAACAUUACAUCUGGGAGAACCAACUGAUUUUCAAAUGGAAACAUAUACAAGAGUUUUGAAAGGUCAACUUACAUUGGGUUCAACUAUAUUUCCAAAGAAAGUUAAGGGUCAAGUACUGGAUACUUUGGCACGAAAAGCACUCUGGGAUGUUGGCCUAGAUUACGGCCAUGGAACCGGUCAUGGUGUUGGGCAUUUCCUCAAUGUACAUGAAGGUCCUAUGGGUGUUGGCAUUCGUAUUAUGGCCGAUGAUCCAGGUCUUCAAGAAAACAUGUUUAUUUCCAAUGAACCUGGCUUUUAUAAAGAUGGUGAAUUUGGUAUUCGCAUUGAAGAUAUUGUUCAAAUUGUUCCCGCUAUAGCUAAAUACGAUUUUGCUGGACGUGGUGCUCUUACAUUCAAAACAAUCACAAUGUGUCCCAAACAAACCAAAAUGAUUAAAAAAGAACUUCUUACAUCGGUGGAAAUAAAGCUCUUGAAUGACUACCAUCAACAAGUUCUGGAAACAUUAUCUCCAAUUUUGGAAAAAGAAAAUGACACCCUAACCCUGGAAUGGUUAAAAAGAGAAACACAACCAAUUUAAAAUUUGUAUUUAUCCAAUUGUAACAUUCUGAAUCAACAAAAUAGAAUUUUUUUAAAAUUUUUA